GUUCUAAGAAUUCGCAAGUGUUGCGCUUGUUGUGCUAGCCGUGAAAUAUCCAUUACAAAUAAAACGCCAUAUUCCCCCCGCCCCCCCUCUCUCUCUGUCUCUCUCUCUCUCUCUCUCUCUCUCAAGUCUCAAGUUCAGUAUUCCACUUCCCAAGUUUCUCCCCGUCCUUCCGUUGAACUGUGAUCAUUCACUCAUUCAUCGGCCAUGUCCACCGAAUCUGCCAGUGCAGUUCAAAGAGGCCAUGUUGAUCUACUGAGCUUUGUGUACUGGGCUGGCGUCGAAUGCCUCAACCAAAGCACCACUCACUCUCUCUCCAACGCUCUCCAACAGACUGAGAGAGAAAACGAUGAUUUGAAUCUUGAAAGCGAUGCAGACGAGCAGCUUUUGAUAUAUAUACCUUUCACCCAAGUCGUCAAACUCCAUUCUAUUCUCAUCAAAGGCCCUGAAGAUGAUGGUCCUAAGAAUGUGAAACUUUUUGCAAACAGGGAGCAUAUGGGAUUUAGUAAUGUCAAUGACUUCCCUCCAAGUGACUCAAUUGUUUUAUCCCAAGAGGAUCUUAAGGGGAAACCUAUUAAUGUAAAAUUUGUCAAGUUUCAAAAUGUUCGUAGCUUGACAAUUUUCAUUGAGGACAAUCAAUCUGGUUCAGAAAUUACCAAAGUUCAAAAGAUGGAGCUGUUUGGAAUGACGGUGGAAACAACAGACAUGAAGAGUUUGAAGAAGAUUGAGGAUCAUUAAUGGUAAAAUGAGCUAAAGCGUCAAAAAAAUAUAUUGAUGAACUCAUUUGAAUUUUUUUAAGAGGCAUUGUUGCCUGUCCUCCGUCCUUUCACAACGUUCACAUUUAUAAUCAGUUUCAUGAUGAAAGCUACAUGUUCCCUUCAUGUGUAGAUCUCUUUUAUCUCCCUUGUGUUGGUGAGAAUGGGCUGUUGCCGUCUGAGACAAGGUAGGAUUUUGUUGGUAGUGUAAUCUUGGGAGGCAUUUCAAUUUUCGGUAUUAGGAACACAGUAGCAUGUGCCUGUGUGUAUCAAAUGAUUAACUAAUGAGGGUCAGAAAAGGAAUUGUCCCAUCUCAACAUUCUCUAUGCGGUUUGGUCCUAGAGUUUCUAUAAUCGAAAAUACUUUUUUGUUUGGGUUAAA